AUGGCACCGCCAAAACGUACGCCGGAAGCGACUCGGCGUUUGCGCGACAAUAUUAUUAGGAUGUUCGAGAUUAAUAGGGACUGGCUGGGAGACACAACGACGGACAAGCGGCCUAGGGAGCUCAAACGACGUAUCAAAGGUUUGGAAGAUAAGUACAUGGAGUUCACUGCUUUGACCAACGAACUGCUGGUUGAGGAUGAGUCCGAGGGAGCGGACACAGAGCAAGUUGCGGUAAGCACCGAAAAUUUAUACUUUGAAGUUGUCUCCGGACUGGAGGCUGAACUAGAUCGAUUAGAAAUCAACAACGAAGAGCAGUCCGAGGCUGGCUCUCAGUAUGGCAGUUGUAAAAGCCAUAAAAUCGAACAAAGCAACGUGCGUCUACCGAAACGAGAGUUACCUACGUUUGAUGGUAAUAAACCAGAAGAGUGGCCGAGUUUCUUCCAGAGGUUUACGACCGCGCUUCGUCACCCUAGUAUUUCCGACCUUGAGCGCUUUGAAUACUUGACUGGAUGUAUUAAACAGCCAGCAUCCGACCGUAUUAGCCAUAUACCACUACUCGAGACUAAUUACCAGUUCGCUCUUCGUAAAUUGAAGCGCAGUUCGAAACUCGAUCGAAAGACUAGAGAAAUGUGGGAGACCAUUCGCGGGGAGGCAGAAGUGGAUGGAGACGAAGAAGACGACGAGCAAGCAGCUGAGAAAGAUGCCGACACCUUCUCAGAAUUUACUGACUUCUUGGAGAAACGAUUACGCGUCAUUUCAUCUGUAUUUGCCGGUGACAAGACCGAUAGCGCGUCGACGACAAAACCCCCCUCGCUUGGCAUAGUUGAUCGUUAUCAGAAGGUUCGUGAUGCAAAACUCUGCGUCAACUGUUUUUCAAAUUCGCAUUGGGCAAAAGACUGUAAAUCGAUUCGAUGUAAGGAGUGUAGCCGAUUACAUCAUACUCUACUUCAUCCGCCACGGACCACAAAUUCGCUACAAGGGACACCGCCCCCACCCCCUCAGACUACAACUACAGCACCUGUAACCUCCACCACAACUACUACAACGACAGCCGCAUCUAUCAUCACUGCUGUAGCAAACCGAGCACGUGAUGUGCUACUCAGCACCGCUCUCGUUCAUGCGUCAUCCAAUGAGCAGGUAUGUGAAAUACAUGCCUUACUUGACGGUGCGUCUCAUGUUACGUUGAUUACUUCCGAAUUAGCUCGUACCUUGAACUUGAAAUUAUCGCACUCGACUACUGCGAUUUCUGGACUGGGUGGUCACCUAUCGGCGGCGGUGGCUACUACCUCGAUUCGUAUUGCUGCGCGGGAUGGAAGUUUUUCUAGGAUGUUACAUGCGACUGUGGUCAACCACGUUACUGACCCCCUCCCCGCCACCAGCUUCGAAAUACCAUCAUCUUGGUCGUUUACUCAGCAGUACAAUCUCGCGAAUCCCAGCUUCAACGUGUCGCGAUCGAUUGAUAUGUUGAUUGGCGCAGAUUACCUGUACGACAUCGUUUUACCAGAAAUGGUGAAAAAACCUUCACUACCGACACUUCUCGCUUCUCGCCUUGGGUGGUUAGCCACCGGACCCUACUCUGCCUCGUCAAACAGUACCAAUCUACGUUGUCUCAAGGUAACUGUUGCUAGUAACGAACUUCGAGCUAUCUCUUCAUUUUUGGGUCUAGAUGACGUCGUGCACCCAAAGGAACAACGCACGGCCGACGAGGUCGCCUGUGAGGAAAUUUUCGUGAAAACUCAUCAGCGUGAUGAGACCGGUCGUUUCGUGUUGGACUUACCUCGACGUCCUGGAGUCGCGUUGGGUGAGUCUCGUCAUCUCGCUAUCGCUCGACUGAAACGUGCUAGAAUCGAUGACAAGUACAACGAAUUCAUGCGCGAGUAUGAAGCUUUGGGUCACAUGAGCAAAUGUGCUCCCCCCGCACCUGGUGAAGAAACAUACUACAUUCCUCACCAUGCUGUGUAUCAUAACGGCAAGAUACGCGUAGUUUUUGACGCAUCGAUGAAAUCCAGCAACGGCGUUUCACUGAACGACUGCUUAUUCAUCGGACCUACUGUCCAACCAAAACUUGAGAUUAUUUUACUACGUUUUCGUAUGCAUCGUUACGCCCUUGUAGGAGACAUCGAGAUGAUGUACCGUCAAAUACUCCGUGUUGUGAAGGACCGAAAAUUCCAACGAAUCGUAUUUUUGGUUGAUGGUGAAAUUAUCGACUACGAGUUAAAUACCAUUACAUAUGGUACCAGUUCUGCGCCAUUUGAGGCCACCCGUACUCUCAACCGAAUUGCAGAAGAUGGUGCAAGUGAAUUUCCUCUUGCGUCUGCUGCACUGCUCAACAACACUUACAUGGACGAUUGUCUCUCCGGAGCUGACACCAAGGAAGAAGCGCAAAGGCUGCGUACUGAACUUAUCGAGUUGGUUCGAACCGCGGGAAUGAAAUUUUCUGCGUCGAAAUGGCUAUCGAAUGAACCUACGCUACUCAACCCAACUGACCGUUCGUCUAGUACUUCACUUAACCUACAUUGCGGCCGUACAUUAGGUGUGGCAUGGAAUACAAAUCGAGAUACAUUCAGUUUCCCCUCCCUCGCUACUCUCGCCUGGACUGGUGAUACAUUGACUCGUCGUAGUGCACUUUCGUGCAUCUCGCGUAUUUUCGAUCCGAUUGGCCUACUUGCGCCUCUCACCGUAGGAGGAAAACUCCUCAUACAGGAAUUAUGGUCCGAGCAGAUCCAAUGGGAUGAUGCGGUGGAGCCAGAAUUUCAAAUUCGUUUCGAGGGAUUCUUAAAGGAUGCUGCAUCGGCGGCGGCGAUCGAGUUUGAGCGGUACCUCGGAACCGGUGACUACAAACAGGGACAUUUCGAAUUGCACGGUUUUGGAGACGCUAGUCGACAGGCAUACGCAGCCUGUAUCUACAUUAAAGGUACCUACGAUGGGAAGACUGUGACACGUUUAUUGGUCUCAAAAACUCGUCUUGCGCCAAAGACAUCACCUCGGACUAUCCCUCAACUAGAACUCUGCGCCGCCGACCUACUGGUGCAGCUUUUGAAGGGAGUAACAACAGAAUUGAACUACCCAAUCUCGAAGUGUUUCGUUUAUACUGACUCGUCAAUCGUCAUAUCGUACCUCGCCAAGCCAGCCGGCCACUGGAAACCAUUUGUGGCAAAUCGUGUACAACGUAUUACCGCUUUGAUUCCGCCAGCCCAGUGGCGACACGUACCAGGGGAUCAAAAUCCUGCUGAUUUGGCUACUCGCAGUGAUUCAUUCGCCACCUUUCUCCAGCGACCAGAACUCUGGCAAUAUGGUCCAGAAUUCCUUCAAAACGUUGAAGGUUCUUCAAUUACCUCUCCUCUGUUCGAUGAACGUGCAUUAAGCGAUGCACGUGUAUCCGUUAAUGUAGUUGUUUCAGUCGACACCGUCCAGACUGAGCAACCAGACUUCGUUAGUCGAGUAAUCACUCAUUGUUCCGAAUACGUACGUGCUCGAAGUAUUAUCGCAUCAAUGCUCCGAGUUCGAGAUUUCCUACUGGCACGAGUCCGUAAAACAACCCCUCCGUCUGGUCAUUUUACGGCGAUGGAAUUAACCCGCGCGGAGUUGGAAUUGCUGCGCGCCGCUCAACGAGAUACCUAUGCGAAGGAAUUAGCUCAACUUGUAGCUAACCAACCAUUACCACGAAAAAGUCAACUGAAAUCGCUCUCACCGUUCCUAGAAAACAAGUUACUUCGAGUCGGAGGUCGAAUCUCACGUGCCGACCUACCCUACGAGCGCCAACAUCCGGUCAUCUUACCAGCUUCUCAUCGUCUUACGCUACUACUGAUCCGAAAUUGCCACCAUCAAUUUUUUCAUGCUGGCACUCAAUUCAUUGAGACUCAACUACGUCGUCAUUUCUGGAUUGUUGGCCCUCUUCUGCCUCGUAUACAAAAAUGUAUUCGUACUUGCGCUCGAUGCGCCAGAUUUCGUCAAAAUGCUCAACGUACCCCAAUCAUGUCCGACCUUCCUUCAGCACGAGUUCGUCCUUCAGCACCCUUCAGUCACGUUGGUAUCGACUAUGCGGGUCCGUUCAAACGUCGUUCGGAUAUACGCACCCGUUCCCAAACAGAGUUGAAGACCUACGUGGCAGUUUUUGUGUGUUUUUGCACUCGCGCAGUGCACCUGGAAAGCGUAUCCGACCUGUCCACAAAGGCGUUCUUAGCUGCGCUGCAGCGUUUCGUUUCUCGUCGUGGAAUUCCCACUAAUAUCUAUUCUGACAACGGAACUAACUUCGUUGGAGCUGCCAACAAACUCCACGAGGAAUUCCAAAAGCUUGCCAAGGAACCACAGAUACAUUCGUAUGUCAGUGACCUGCGCAUCAACUGGACCUUUAACCCCCCAGCAGCCCCCCACAUGGGUGGGUUAUGGGAAGCCGCAGUAAGGGUGAUGAAGUUUCACCUGUAUGGAGUCAUUGGUGAGACGGCGCUGAACGUCGAAGAAUUCAGCACCGUACUAUGUCAAAUUGAGGCGAUUAUGAAUUCUCGCCCAAUUACGCCAACUUCGUCAUCGUCACAGGACCUGGAAGUUCUAACCCCAGGUCACUUCCUCGUUUAUCGUCCACUAACCGCCUUACCAGACAACAUCCCCGAUUCCGAUCUUCGUCCUUCCCAGAGAUGGGAUUUACUCACGCACCUUCGUAAUUCGUUUUGGCACCGUUGGUCUGCCGAAUAUCUGCAAUCGCUUCAGAAACGAGUCAAGUGGACGAACCCAACACGCUCAUACAACGUCGGCGACGUCGUCCUUCUAAAGGAAACAACGACCCCGCUUACCUGGCCACUGGCUCGUAUCGUCAAGGUUUAUCCCGGCGCAGAUGGCAUCGUGCGCUCGGUCGACGUAUUCACUCGCGGUGGAACUACCUACCACCGCCCCGUGGUAAAACUCAUACCUCUCGUAGAUGCCGAUGAAGCGAAUUUCGACGCCGCUACAGACACCGACGUCGACGGCGGCGGGAUUGUUAAUGGUCACGACGACGACGACGCAGCUGCGCCGUCAGUGACUCAUACUUCUCCAGAAGCGGAGAAAAAUGUCCUCUAG